CAAAGCUGACAGGCAGGAUUGCCACCUCCGGUGGAGUUUUGACUGUUGCUGAUUCAGUUUCAACGUUUUGAAAUAAUUUUCUGUUUUUUUCACCAAAAAUUUUUCAAAUUGCUUUAGUUCAAGGAAUGGAUGAUGUUAAUUUUGCACACAGGGCACGCAAACGUAUAAAAGAAGUAAAGAAGAAAGCUCGACCAGAACUAAGCACCAAAGAGUCCUGGAUCCAGUGCAACUAUGCGAACAAUUUUAAGAAAUUCUGGGACUUCACUGACAACUGCGAACGCAUUGACGAAUCAAAAGUUUCCCAGCGCGAAUUUAUAUCAAAUUAUGAGCUUCCCUACAAGCCAGUCGUUAUCACUGGAACUCAGGUAGGCUGGAAAGCCAACGAGAAAUGGACGCUAGAGAAGUUGGUCAAGAAAUACAGGAACCAGAAGUUCAAAUGUGGCGAGGACAAUGACGGUUACAACGUUAAGCUGAAGAUGAAGUACUAUGUACAUUACAUGCUCAAUUCUAAAGACGAUAGCCCCUUAUAUAUUUUUGAUAGCAAUUUCGGCGAGCACCGACGCCGGAAAAAAUUAUUAGAAGACUAUGAAGUGCCCUACUACUUCAGAGACGACUUAUUCAAAUACGCAGGGGAAAACCAAAGGCCGCCCUACAGGUGGUUCGUCAUGGGGCCCGCGAGGUCCGGGACCGGGAUCCACAUCGACCCGCUCGGCACCAGCGCCUGGAACGCCCUCAUCCAAGGACACAAGCGAUGGUGUUUGUUCCCGACGCACACGCCGAAAGAGUUGCUUAAAGUGACGAGUUCUGUGGGCGGCAAGCAGUUGGACGAAGCGAUCACUUGGUUCAACUUCAUCUACCCGAAAACCAAAGAACCAUCGUGGCCCGCUGACUGCCAGCCGAUCGAGAUUCUGCAAAAGCCGGGCGAAACCGUGUUCGUGCCGGGCGGUUGGUGGCAUGUGGUCCUCAACCUGGACACCACGAUCGCCGUGACGCAGAACUUCUGCAGCCGGACGAAUUUCCCCGUCGUUUGGCACAAGACGGCCAGAGGCAGGCCGAAGUUCUCGCGGAAAUGGCUGAAAGCUUUGGUUAAGCACGAGCCGGACCUGGCCAAGCUGGCCGAGAGGAUCAACAUCGAGCAGCCCUCGGGGAUGGCGUCCGACAGCUCAAGCGACUCGUCGUCGAGCUCCAGCUCGGACUCGGACAGCACCGACUCGGAGGACGGCGACAGUGGCCAGGAGUCCAUCACUGCGAAGAAGAAGAGGAGGAAGUCUGAUAACGAGUCGGAACGCAAUAGGAAAAUUUCUCGCACCAAUGUAAGUGAGCUCUGAAUGCGCCACGGACUUCAAUUCAAAUCAUCGAGCUUCCAUAUCAUGUCUGACUGCGGAUGAACCACUGUCUGUGAGGCAAGAUUGAUAUCUAAAUUCUCUUACUUGUUUAGUUACCAUUCUUUAGUCCGUUCUCUUAGAGGUUUAUUCAAUCAUUGAAUCUAGUUAAGUUGUUUCCGAGUAUUUAACGUUGUAUUAUUUAUUGUCUCAUCGAAGGAAAAUUGGUAAAUUAUACACGAUUUGUAAAUUGUGCCAAUUUUUGUAAAAGGUUGCGACUCCUGCAGUAUUUAGGGUGACUUAAUUUACCAAUUUUUUCAAGGGUUAUUGUUUAAAGUGCUUUGACUAUUUUGUAUUAUAUCUCAGCUCCCUCAAAGAUUAUGUAUAUAUUCCUUGUUGGGUCAUUUGUGAUCUAAGCUAGUGCCUGAAUUUGUAUAUUGGUAUUUGGUAGAAACUGCAAAUGUAUACACGAAAUGAGGCUCAAUAUUUUAUCGGUUAUUUUCACACAGGCUGAGUAUAUCAGAUGAGGAUAAAUUGACUUGCUAGAGGUGCCCAGAAGCUAAAGUACCCACCUUGGGAAACUUCCAUACUAAACUAUGACUACUCAAGUUCUCAGAUUUUUAAGAGAAAAACUAUUUUUUUAAACAUUGAUGUUUAUUUUUGUUUAUAAUUAACAUUUAAUAGAAACACUAACGAUACGUUGGAGCUACAAAACAAUAAAAAUUAAAUAACUGAAGUUCAGUUAGACUACCAUUAUUAUUAUUAACUGCUGUACAUUUAAUAAAAAAAUAGAGAAAGUCAAUUAUUAUAUUUCACGUUUUUGAGCUUUUUUCUUUAGUUGAGAUAAAUAUUAAUUUAAGUUAAUUCUGCCAAAAAAGUAUCAAAGAAUUUCUUUAAUGGAUAACGCGAACCUUCACUGCCAGGUGACCACUGUAGCUUCUGCCCCACUCAAGUGUCAAAUUGUCGCGCUGGUGUACUUGGUGCCACUUAGGCAGUAGGAAUUAUUUCAGUCGCAAGACAUUUGUUCAGGCACUUAUCGUUUGUUGAAUACUAUUUAUUUGCAGUUCAGUUACUGGGCUACAUACUUAUUUGAGGACAUGACUAAGUUUGACUUAUUUUGUUACAUACCACGAAAUGGUGUUCAAGCCCAUUACCACCAAGUAUUACUCAGAAAACAGUGAACAACUAUGUAACAAGUGUAAUCAACUUUCUGUGUGUGCCUUUUGUCUUUUAAAUAUUUCUAAAUAAAUAUUAAUUAAUA